UCCAUUUUGUAUUCUUGGCAACAAAAGCUAUCAGGUAAAAGUUUACGAGAACAAAAAAUGGAACGGAGCAGCAUCUGCGCUCUGAUCUUCAUCUGCAUUGCGGUGGCUGGGGUCGGCGGUCAAGCCCCUGCCGCAGCUCCCACUAAAACACCGGCAAAACCGACAACUCCAGCUGCACCAGUUUCAUCACCACCCGCCGCUGCAACAGCGCCUUCCACGUCCAAAACCCCAGCCCCAGUGGCGACACCAACAGCGGCUCCACCGAAGGCAGUUUCAUCUCCGCCAGCUGAAGCUCCCAAGGCAACUCCACCCAAACACGCGGUUCCAGCUCCAGUUGCAACACCUGCUUCGUCACCAGCGGCAGUGACCGCUCCACCAACUCCAGUUCCGGUGAGUUCUCCGACCUCUCCAGUCCCGGUGAGCUCUCCGCCAUCUCCUACUCCUACAUUGCCUUCUCCGGUGUCGGCGCCGACAACUUCUCCGGCAAUUGCACCGGCAAUUACCCCAUCAGCACCUGUGUCGGCACCACCUGCGGAGGUACCUGCACCUGUACCGGCGCCGAGUAAAAAGAAGAAGAAGAAGACGAAGAAGCACCACGCACCGGCGCCGUCUCCCGUUCAUGUGAGCCCUCCUGCACCGCCCACUGAGGCGCCUGGGCCAAGUUCUGACAUUAUGGCUCCCGGUCCAGCUGCGGACGAGAAUGCGAAUGGAGUAGAGAAGAUAUGGGGCUUACAGAACAUGUUGUUGACUCUGGGAGGAGCUGCUCUCCUCUGCGCUUUGUUUGUGUAGUAGGCGAGAGGCAGUAACGUACAGCAGAGCAGCCCGAUCUUCUCAGUUCUCUCAUAUAAUUCUCUUUAUUUUUGGUUGUAUAUUUC